AACGCAUAUAAUCGCUGCUUUGAGUUUAUCGACAUCUUUAGCAUUUAAUAAGAGAGGGCGAAAAGAACGAAUCACACAAACACACACACACACACACACACACACAAACAUCAUACAUAAUGUCGAGCGCAACAGCAGCACCUGCUGUGCAAAGACGAGGUGGCACGGGACCAAGAAGAGGUGGAAGAUUUGGAGGUGGUAAAAGUACCGGUGGUAAUGCAGCAAGCGCUGCAGCAGCACAACCAGAUGACACAGAAGCCGUUAGGAAUCUACGUGCAAAGUAUGCCGAUCAAUUGGCUUUAUUAAGAGAAAUGUUUUCUGAUUGGACAGAUGAAGACCUUUUGUUCGCUUUGUCGGAUGCAGGUGGUGAAGUUGAAUUGGCCGUAGGACGUAUCAGUGAAGGUCACGCAGAGCAAUUCAAUUCGGUCAAAUCGAAAAAGCAAGUAAAGAAAGAAAAUCUAUCUUCUGCCACUCCAACUAGCUUUAACGGCACAACAGGAUCUGCCAAUGGAACGGCUACUAUCAUCCAAUCCUCGCGUGGCGGUCGUGGUGGCGCAAAUGCUGCCCGCGGUGGUCGUGGUGGAGGUGCAAUUCGAGGUGGACGUGGAGGCAGUCGUGGUGGUGCUACCCGUGGUGGACCAAGUGCCAUUCCCUCAACUGAGCAAGCCAAUGUAGGACAAGCGUCUGCUGACCCAUCAACUAGUACAGCUACCACAAAAGCUCCAACCUUUGCAGACACUGUUGCUGCAACGAAACAGAAUGGUGCAAGCGCAUGGGGUGAUGAUACGGAAGGACUUGAUUUCCAAGCCGAUAAACCGACCACAGCCGCUCCAAAGGAACAGCAAUCCUCCACAGAAGCUGCCGCUGCUUCAGCCGCUGCCGUUGAUGAAACUUCUGAAGAUGCAAAGAGCUCCAACCCGAUCUCAAAUGCAAUCCAAAAGGUCUCCGCAAAACUCGUUCCUAAAGGAUCCAAAUUGAGUUGGGCCCAAGUAGCACGACCUGCUGAACCAGUCAAAGAGCAACCUCAACCACCAAAGGAGGCACCCACCGCACCAGCUGCUCAAAGAGCCCAAAAUGCAAAACCUGUUCCAGCUGAGAGCACAAGUGCAACACAGGCAGCAUCAAAGGCACCCGAGAAGAGCGAGAUCUCACAUCCAAUCGCCGCUGCUCCAAUCAUCCCUGCGCAAGAAGAGCCAGCCUUGGAAUCAGCCCCAAUCGCAGAAGAGCCAAUCGCACCUUCUUCUACCGCUGUUGAAGCAGACCCUGUCAGCUCUACUGUACCAUCAGCCUCUGCCGUAGAGGCUGCUCCUGUAUCGGGUCGUCCAGCUGCUGGUCGUUCUGCUCCAAGUCAACGUGCUAUGCAACGUGCAAAACAAGAUGCUCCAGUUGUUAUGCCUGGCGGCAAUGCACAAUUCGACAGCUUAGGAAAGCGAUUUGGUGGAUUGAGCUUCUUGGGAGGUGAUGAAGCCGACUCGGAAGCACAACCACAAGCUGUUGCUCCCGGUACUGAACAAGCUUCCGCUGCUGCUGCUCCGACAGCUGCCGCAUCUGCACCUACUCAUCAAGAUGCAUUUGCACAAGCAACCUCUCCUCAACAAUUUGCCGAGAAGGAAUCACUCAAUGCACAUCAGUACGGCUAUCAGCAAGGUCUUCAACAACAUCACCAAGCUCAUCAAGCUGCCGUUGCCCAAGCGCAAACCCAACAUCAAUCUGUUGCCAACUUGUCUCAGCAGCAAAACACUCAAGUGCCACAACAAGACUCCCAAAUCAGUCAAUAUCAACAAAACCCUACCGGUUACGGCGUCCAGGGUCAACAACAAUCACAACAACAAGCCCAAACACAAACACCACAAGCCGGACAACAAAGUGCACAACAAGCAUACGGAGAUUAUUCUUCCAUGUAUGGCGGUUUGGAUGCACAACGUUUGGCAGGCUAUUAUGGUAAUUAUGAUUCCAAUGCCGCUUCUCGUGGUAACGAAGACCGCUCUGCUUUGAGCAACAAUCAGCAAAUCGGACAACAACAACCUACAGCUGCAUCUCAAACUGAUUCAUCGAGUGUAGGUGGAGCUCCUCAAGUUGCACCCCCUCAACAGCAGCAACAACAGCAGGCACAACAACAGUUCCCCAACAUGAUGCCUUACUAUUACCCUCACUACUAUUUGCCAAACCAAUUCCAACACUUUGGUCAACCUGCAGCUGGUUACGGUCAAUACGCUUUGUACGGUGGUCAACCACAACAUCCUACUAAGCCUACCACCCCUGCAAGCUUGCAAUCUCCUUACGCUCAAAAUUUGCCUCACAGUGAUGUUUCCGCCAGUUAUCCAUACGGCAAUACAGCUAAUGUUGGUCAAUACAACCAAUCACCUGCCAACACAUCCACUUUGGCAUCGUCAACCUAUGGCGAUUACGGCCGUGGAGCACCAAACAGUGUUGCAACGGAUUACACGAAAUUGUAUGGAACCAACAAUGCAUCCAACACCAAUGUGAGCAACAAUACAGGUUCUAGUAUUCCAGGUUUAAGCGGAUUUUUGGGCCAACAAGCUUCAAACGGUGCUGGCUCCCAAAACAAAACUCAAACUAGCAAUAGCACAGCCAAUUCAAACAAUCUGGACAAUGCUUACCGACAAUAUGAUAGCAGCAAGCUUGCCAAUCCAUCUCCUGCCCGUCAAGGAUCAUCGGUUGGUUUAGGAGGCAAUCAAAGUGGACAAGUUCAAUCUGGCUUGCAAAACCAACAAAGUCAAGCUCAACCACAUCAGCAACAAUCGCAAAGUCAACAACCACAACAACAACAGCAUUAUUAUCAACAAUACAAUGCUUACGCUGGUCAUCAACAACCAAACAAUGCAUCAGCCAAUUAUGCAUCAUAUCCUUACCGCCAAUACUGGGGUCAAUAAAGCAGAAAGGUAAAAGGAGUAGAAAUGUUGUGAAGUGCUUUUUUCAUACUUAUCACACAUUUACGUUCUCAUCUGUUAUCUCUAUUCUUUGAUGUCAUAUCGAUUGCGAGAACAAUGCUCAUCGUCAAUCACAUAAAAAAGAUGCCAUUUACAUUCAUGAUUUGUUUGUUACGGUGAGAGAACCAUGUUUAGUCUUGAGAUAAUAGAUCAGAUAAAGAUAGGAUAUUGAUGAAAUGGCGUCAUUACCGCUCUGUCGGGAAUAUGACCGAUCACCGAGAAAGAAUGCAAUAAAAGAAUGUUUUUCAUUUAUGUCAAAAGGUGAUCGAUGACGGAAAAUUCGACAAAUCCGACCAAUA